AUGUCUGGUUUCUCCGACCUCGUUGGAAAUGGCGCCGAUUGCGGGCCCGGAAACGGAAUGAACGGCCUUGUGAAGCAAUUUAAUAAGGACCACAGUCUGGAGCAGGAUCGGUUCAGCCCGCAAACACAGCCCUCGUCGUCCAAGCAGGCGUUUAGACAGACAUUCCGGCAGAAUGCGCCGGUAGCGUCGCCGCAGACGAUGGGAAAUGAGUUUAUGGCACAAUCCAACAGAGCACAGGGUCCUGGGGCUUUCAACUUUGCCGACAUGCACCGUGAAAUCAACGGCGCGCACACCAAGUCCAGCGUGCCCCAGGCUGACUGGUCGGCGGAUUUUGCUCGGCAUCAAGCGGCAGGUGUCGGCAGCAGCAGCGGAAAUGCUGAGCUCGAGCAUCAGGCGAAUUGGGCAGAGCAGUUCCACCGCCCGGCAGUGCAGGCGCAGAGCGUAGUUCAGGCGCCGGCAAACGCGGCCGUCAUGCGACCCGACCCGAUGGCCAUGGCUUUUAACGAGGCACGCAUGUACUCGAUGAUGUCGGGACCCGGCAUGAUGCUGCAGGGGCCUCCGAUGAUGGCUUAUCAGCAGCAACAACAGGUAGGUGGAACUGCCCAGCAGCAAAUGCCCAAGAUUUCUAAUGUGUCUGAGCAACUAAGUGAAACAGCAAGCAAUGACAAUCUCGCCAAGACCGCAGCUCAAAUAUUGGACUCUAUGAGCCAAAGUGCUAACCCCAAAUUUAAACAAUCCGACUUCUUUUCAUUUAUGCAUCAACUGGCCGACGGACAGGCGACCAUCAGUGGCAACCAGGUGGUGGCGAAUGAAAAGGGCAAACAGGCCGCGUUGCAACAGGAUGCUGUGAGCAACGGGCCGACGUGGGCCACCGAGUUUGAGCGCCGCGCGGAGGAGCUUGUCAACCGCGAAGCGGCGGCGCGAGCGAGCGAGCAAACGCCGCAGGAUGGCAAGAUUUUCUCGGAGGAAUUUGCACGCGGACUGGAGCGCAACUGGGCCGAAGAAUUUGAGCAGACGCUAGACGGGCCGCUGAACGAAUCGUCAGUCAGCGGACACCCGCAGGACGUCGACGCUGGGCUUGACAAGUCGGGCAGCGACUUUCUGCGUGGCGGGGUGGACAGCGACUGGCUGGAGCAAUUCAAGAACAACAUCCAGCCGCUGCUCAACGACCAGGACCGCGAAUGGCUCGACACACAGAAGGAGUGGGAGGCCAUGAACGCGAUGGAGGCGACGCAUCGCGCGGUUGAUCCCGAGCUCAAUAUCUACCGGUUCCAAAACGACAACUACUAUGCGGAUCUGUCACCAGAGGCGCUGCGCGAGACGAUCCAGCAUAUGCAACAGAGUCCUGAGUCAGCCAGUCUGGGGGACAAGAUCCUGGCGCUCGAGAACGCCGUCAUGAAGAACCCGAAAGACGCCGGUAUGUGGCUGCAGCUGGGCCUUAAACAGCAGGAGAACGAACAGGAGCAGGCAGCGAUCGCGGCGCUGCGCAAGGCAAUCUCGCUAGAUCCUGACUCGCUGGGCGCGCACCUUGCGUUGGCCGUGUCAUAUACCAAUGAGGGGUACCAGAUGGACGCAUACGAUGAGCUGCACGAAUGGGUGGCACGCCACCCACGCUACAAGUCGCUGGUGCCAGCUUCAGCAUCCAAUAGCAUGACCAGCAGCGACGGGCGCAAGGACUAUGUGCAGGACAUUUACAUCCAAGCGGCGCGCAUGUCGCCCGGUCAGGACUGGGACCCUGAUGUGCAGGUGGCUCUGGGCGUGCUGUUCAACAUCUCGACCGAGUACGACAAGGCCGCCGACUGCUUCAAGGCCGCGCUAUCAAAGCGCCCUGACGACUACAUCCUGUGGAACCGCUUGGGCGCGACGCAGGCGCAUGUCGGCAGCAACAAGGAUGCCACGACCGCGUACUUCCGCGCGCUUGAGCUGAACCCGAGCUUUAUCCGCGCGCGUUACAAUCUUUCGCUGGCUUCGACCAACAUGGGGCAGCACCGCGAGGCUGCUGAAAACUGCCUCAUAGCACUGUCCCUGCAGCAGCGCGAGAUGAGGUCCCUUGACGAGAAAGGCGGAUCUAUCUCACAGGCCGCAGGCAUGAGCUCGACAAUCUGGAACGCGCUGCAGCUGUCGAUGUACAUGCUUGGCGAGCCCAAGCUUGCCGAGGCCUGCGAGAGCCAGGAUUUGAGCGCCUUCCGCGAAAAGUUUGACUUUUGA